CGAAAAAGAAAAUUAUAAGACGUUUUUGAUGAGUGAAUCGAUUUGGUCGUAUCUAAAAGUAACACAUUUCGGUCGAUAUGAUGUGCAAAAAAGGAACCUUCAACAAAACGUUUUCUUUCUUUUUUUUUUGAUUAAAAUGUGACAGCGUUUGGUUGAUUUUCGAAUUCACUGACAUAAUCUAUUUGAAUUCAUUCGUUUGUGGUUCCGAAAACGAAAGGGACAAAUUUGUCAUCAUCAUCAUCAAAAGUAAAUAUAAAAUACGGCCAACAAUAUUGAAGUUUAAAUCACAAGGACGUGUCAAUUAAUUUCAACACACACACACAGGUGAAUUGAUCCAUCAUGGUAGUCAGAUAUUUGGCAAGCUUAUUAUUCAAAUUAAUUGUGAUAGUAACGUUAUUUGUAGCAUUCAUAAUGUUCGUACCUGAAUCCAUAAUGUUUGAUAUGAAUACCGAAGCUAUGAAUGUUCCGUUACCGCCAACGCUUGAUGAUUAUAAACCAACGUUACGUAUGAAAUAUUUAUCGAUAGUGGCUUCUAUUCCUGGUCCUGAAUCGAUUGGUUAUCAAAAUGGUCGAAUGGUGACAGGUGCCAUGGAUGGUUUUCUCUAUGAAUUCAAUCUGAACGAUCCAACUACGGCUAAACGUUUGUUUAGUUUGGUCAAUGAAAAGCAAUUGGCCGCAAGUAAUGGUACACGAAUUUCACGGCCAUUAGGAAUGAAAUUUGAUUCCAAAAGUAAUUUAUGGAUAGUGGAACCUUAUUUUGGUGUUUACCGUGUUGCAAAUGUUUUUACGUCAUCGCCAAUUAUCGAUCAUGUGUUUGAUAUCGAUCAGACAGGUCAACUUGGUGCUACAAGUCGCUUCUUAGACGAUAUUGCCGUCCAGGAGAAAUCAACCGGCGGCCAUAUUCUUUACAUUACAGAUGUAAGCACUAAAUAUGCUCUUGAAGAAUUUGUCAAAAGCGUUCUAGAACCGGACAGAACGGGAAGAAUUUUACGUUACGAUACUGAUACCGGUAAGCUGGAUGUCCUUGCUGAUGGUCUAAUAUUUCCAAAUGGUAUCGAAAUUCUUCCCAACAAUAACUAUGGUUUCCUCUUCUCGGACAUUGGUUCGCGUUCCAUUUGGAAAUGUACAUUUGAAAGCAAUGAAAAACCUCGAAUGACCAAAAUUAUCAGCCAUAUGGCAUCCGAGACGGACAAUCUUCGUCUAAGUGCGAAUGGUCAAACGUUUUGGCUGGCCAUGUUAAAACCUCGAAGCGAAGCCAAUCCAGAUUUGUCGGAUAUUUUGAUGAAAUAUCCAUCGAUUAGACGGUUCAUUGUGAGAUCGGUUUAUUUGCUUGGUGCAACAUUAGAAUUUUUCAAUCAAAUCAUACCGCUCGAAGUGUUUGAGCAUUUAGCCAACCUUUUUAAAACACUCAGAAUACUUACUAUUGUGGCCAAACCAGGCUGCUUGAUGCUUGAAAUUGAUCAGAAUGGUCAAUUCCUCAAUAGUUUUAUCGAUGACAAAUGUACACAAAUGACCGAAAUACGUGAAAUCCCAUCCACUAAUCCAGAUGAACGUUUACUGUAUUUAGGCUCAUACAAUAAUCCUGAAGUACGAAAAAUUAUCCUUACUCGAUAAGGAAUCUAUUCAGCAUAAUCUUAUCCUUUUUUUUGUUGUUUUCCAUUUCGAAUAUAAAUUCGUUAAUAAUUGCAUUUACAAAAAAAAAAAACAUAAACACUAAAAUAAAACUCUGCCAUCUAGCUGUAAAAAAACU